AUGUAUGUGGCAACUAUCUACUUGCUUCCGGAAAACUUUCUCAAUACAAAAUACAUUACGUUUCUUUCUUUUCCCUUUCGAUUCUUUUUCUUCUUUUUUCUUUCUCUUCAUUUUUAUCUGUUUUUCUUUCUUUUCUUUCUCCUUAUUUCUUUCCUUUAUUCUUUCUCGCCUUUCUGUUUUUACACUUGCUGUUAUUUUUUCUUUCUCUUCAUUUGUUUCCUUUUUCCUUUCUUUCUUUUCUCUUUCUUUCCGUUCCUUUGUCUUUCUCUUGAUUCCUUUACCUUUUCUUUCACUUCAUUCUUUUCCUUUUUUUCAUUCUCUUUAUUUCUUUCCUUUCCCUCUUCAUUCGUUUCCCUUUCUUUCUCUUCAUUUCUUUCCUUUUAUCUUUCUUCUUUUGUCUCUUCUCUUUCGUUAUGCCUUUUAUUGUCAUUUCUUUCCAUCUUCUUUCGCUUCCUGUUUUCUUUUUUCUUUCAUUUUUUUUCUUUCUCUUCAUUUCUUUCCAUUUUUCCGCUUUCUUUUCUCUUUCUCCUCAUUUCCUUCCUUUUUCAUUCUCUUCAUUCAUAUCAUUUUCUUUCAUUUCAUUUCUUCGUUUGUCUUUGCUUUUCUCCUUUUCUUUCUCCUUCAUUUCUUCUUUCUCUUCAUUUCUUUCCAUUUUUCCACUUUCUUUUCUCUUUCUCCUCAUUUCCUUCCUUUUUCAUUCUCUUCAUUCAUAUCAUUUUCUUUCUUUUUUCUUUCAUUUCAUUUCUUCGUUUGUCUUUGCUUUUCUCCUUUUCUUUCUCCUUCAUUUCUUCUUUCUCUUCAUUUCUUUCCAUUUUUCCGCUUUCUUUUCUCUUUCUCCUCAUUUCCUUUCUUUUUCAUUCUCUUCAUUCAUAUCAUUUUCUUUCUGUUCCUUUCUUUCUUUCUUUUUUUUCUUUCUCCUUCAUUUCUCUUUCUCUUCAUUUAUUUCCUUUUUUUCUUUCACUUCAUUUCUUUCCUCUUUCCGUUUACUUCCUCUUUUCUUUCUCUAUAUUUCUUUCUUCUUUUCUUUCAAUUCUUUUUCUUUCUCUUUUUUCUUCUUCCUUUAUUUCUUCCAAUCACUUCUUACGUGAGCAUCGAUAA